CCCUACCCCUUGUUCUUCGUUUGUCAAAUCUAUAAUUCCACAGAUCGCCGCAGCCGUCAGACUAUACCAGAUGGCCACUGCUUUAGCGUCUGAGAUUGAUGAAAUUUGGCCUCCCGAUAUGGGAAAAUCAUCGCCUGUUGAAGAACGAUCGUUGACUGCUCAUCGGAUUUCAGAAGACAAUCUCGUUUCAGGUACUCCAAAAUCAGAUGCGAGAGAUAUUAGCAACAAAACAAGCCACGGGGGAAACAUAUCAUGGUUGGAAAUCUGGAAUUCAGCAUUAAUCGAAGCCCAUGCACCAAUUAAGAAAAACAGGGUCCUCGGUCUUCCUCGGAUCCCAGCAAAUUCAGUUAUCCGGACCUUCAAAGAUAGGAAGCAACGCCAGAGCCAGAGGAACCGUAGGUCUCAGCCCAGCAGCAGCAGAAGUUGGUGGUGGCCUGAGUUGGGGUGGUCGGCGGUUGGUAUGGUUAUUUCACAGAAGGUCCGUUCUAUGGCGAAGAAGUGGUUUUUUAGCAACCAUUUUGAUUUGCAAAGCACAGAGAUUGUCCAAGGAAAGUGUGGUUCAAACUUUACACCAAUGAAUCAUAAUGGUUACAACGACGUAUUUUCUAAGCUUUAGUUGAAUAACAAGUAAAUAAUUUAUUGAAGUUUAUUAAUGAGUUGUGGUUAUCUUUACUUUUUUAAUGAUAAAUUUCUAAAUCUUUUGGUUUAA